AUGAGGAUGAGGAUGAUGAGGGCUCAAGUGAAAACCUCCCUGAUUUCUGCAGUCCUAGCAGUGCUCCUGGGGCCAGCUGUUUUUGCCUUCGUGGAGGAUCUGGAUGAUUCGUUCAAAGAUUCCCGAGUGAACGACGUCUGGCUGGUCGAUUUCUACGCCCCAUGGUGCGGAUACUGUAAGAAGCUGGAGCCGAUCUGGCACGACGUGGGGGCCGAGCUGAAGAGUUCUGGCUCUCCCGUCCGCGUGGGGAAGAUGGACGCCACCGCCUUCUCCGGUAUGGCCUCGGAGUUUGGAGUCCGCGGUUACCCCACAAUAAAACUGUUAAAAGGCGACCUUGCCUACAACUACAAAGGCCCACGGACAAAAGACGACAUUGUGGAGUUCACCAACAGAGUGUCUGGUCCUGCCGUGCGAGCUCUGCCCAGUAAACAGAUGUUCUCGCACAUGCUGAAGCGCCACAACGUGCUCUUCGUCUACGUGGGAGGGGACUCUCCACUCAGAGAAAAGUACAACGACGUGGCGUCCGAGCUCAUCGUCUACACAUACUUCUUCUCCGCAGCAGAGGAGGUCCUGCCCGAGGACGUAACUCUCCCGGAGCUUCCUGCUGUCGUGGUCUUCAAAGAUGGCGGGUAUUUCACAUACGAUGAGUACGUGGACGGCAGUUUGUCUUCGUGGGUGAACAGGGAGCGUUUCCAAGGGUACCUCCAGAUCGAUGGCUUCACUCUGUACGAGCUCGGAGAGACAGGCAAACUGGUGGCCAUCGCUAUCAUUGACGAGAAGGACCCCACGGAGGCUAGCGGCAGAUUAAAGGACUUGAUCCAGCGGGUGGCGAAGGAGUACAAGGAGCAUUUUAAUAGAGACUUCCAGUUCGGCCACAUGGAUGGGAACGAUUACAUCAACAGCCUCAUCAUGGGGUAA